UCUCACUCCACAGAGAAACUGCGGAGCCUGCUCUCGAAAAGCAGACUGACCCAAAAGGGGGAAAAAAAAACUUCAAGAUUAUAAUAGGAAGAAUUUAGAUUCAGGCCAAAUGGUUGACGGGAAUUCGCUGGAAUGGCUUCUUCCGGGCUUUGCCAAGAAGACAAAAUAUAGCUGUGGAAGAAAAAUCAAGUAUUACUGCAACUUGGCAACAGGUACGAGGUAUUACUCCAAGUGGGAUGUCCUUCGUUGUGCUGAAAGGGAAAAUGUCUGCUAUGAUACACCACAAGCAACAAGUAUCGAAGACAAUAAGCUCUCUGAUGACAAAACUAUUUCUAUUGAACCUAAAACAACUGAUUCUCCUGAAUGGUUACCCCAUGGGUGGAUAAUAGAGGAAAGAACUCGAAAGAGUGGUUCGUUAAUGGGGAAGACUUACAUGGUAUAUACUGAGCCAUCAACAGGAAGGAAGUUCUAUAAAGCUAACAGUGACUAAAUAUCUUGAAACUGUCAAUCACACUGGAAACACAACCAAACAAAUUAAAGUAAGCUUUCACUCUUUUGGCAGUGCUUUUUAUCCGUAUUUUCCUUGCUGAGUUAAACUUGAGUUUUUUUCAUGUUACGUUUGAUCGUUUACUCUUCAGCAAGUUUAUUUGGAUUUGAAUGCAGCUUAUGAUUAAAACGAGGUGUAAUCUUCAUCCUAAGGAUUGAUGCUGUAUUUUGGUUAGCUGAAUUAUGGAACUUUAUGCAAGGUCAAUGUUUAUGUUUGAAUACAAGACAAAAUGUUUUACUGCACCAAAAACAAGCUGCCUGACAAAAACUGUACUAAAGAGGAACCAUAUGACAUUUGAAGGGUUGAGAGAUUGGCAUCUGAUGAUAGAAGAUGCAGUUAAUAUAUUAAAUGGAAGUUAUUCUUGGGACAGUUUGAAAAAAUAGAUGAUAUAGAGAAAAUUAAUUUCAAAGUUUUUGGUGCAUAGCUCUUAGGUUUUGACAAAGUAUUCUAGGAUGUUUGGAUACAAUGAAUAGAUAUUCUUAAUAUUCUGCUGCAUUUUGUGCCUUUUUAGUUUGUUUCAUUCAUGAAGUAGAUGGCUAUCAUAUUUGCAAAAUUUAUCAUGGCUUGCUGAAUCCUUACAUUAUACUUCAAAUACUUCACAGUUGUUCUUAAUAAACUUUCCAAAAAAACCUUGCUAAAGCGUUAUUUUCUCUUUGUACGAAGAAGAAUAUAUAUUUGCUUGUGUGUCCAUAUUAAAUCUUAAAUCAUCAUCUGCUUCGUUAUGUGAUAUCCAUUUUCAUAUUUUAAUAUUCAAGUUCUCUAAUGGUGCAUUUUUUUGUCCCUAUCCUUUAUCUCAAGUUGACGAGACUCUAUCAGAUCAGCCUGAAACCAGUAGACGGCUUUUGCUUGGUUGGGAAUCGAAAGAUGCUAUAUAUUAUUUUAUUGAAUUGGCUAUUAUACGCAUACUAUUUUCCUUCUUUCUAAAAUAUUACCUGUAUUUUGUAGGUAAAGAAAGCUGUGAUAGAAACAGCUCAGCAACACCUGUGUCUGAGAGCUUAAACCAAGGCCAUUGUUGAUUCUCUUGAAGCAGACAUUGUGCAAAAAUAUGUAUGAAAUUGCAGAUGACGUUGUUGAAAGGAAGGCUGACAUUGAGAAGAGAUUAGAACAUAUCAAUUCUCAAAUUCGAGUUACAGGUGAUAAAAUAGAUGUUUCCUUUCUUGGGAGUGAUAGCUUGAAUGAGCAGAAGUUUCCUGGAAGUGUGACAGAAAAACAAGUUGACAAAGCUCUUAUGGACUCGAGAAAAUCCAAGAAAAGAGGAACUCCACGAUUGCCUUGUCGUACUCCAGAAAGAAAGACUUGGGGGUUGCGAACCUGAGUCUCUGCCCAAUUCGGGUUUAAGCACACAAGCUCUUCAGGCUACUACUAAGAAGUCCGCAAAUGAAACUGCUGUAGCAAAUGAAAUUUCCUUGGUACCGUGAAACUAAGCUGGCACGAGAGGUCACAUGACACAUAUAAUGCCUCUAUAGGCAAGGAAUAAAUUUAAGUUCACUAGUUUUGUAUGGAUUUUGAAUUGUGUAAACAAGAGAGUUUUUGAUUCGUAGUUAUUCUAAUUUAAUCUAAGAAAGAUUGAAAAAUAGGUUUGUAUCAAAAUAUGCAUGAUUGUAUUGGAUUUAGAGUCUGUCUAAUGCUACCAAUUUCAAUUCUUAAUUAUGUUAUACAGUUUCAUUCAUGCU